AUCAUCGUGCUCUUGUUUUUCCUGUCCAUUUAAAAAAAUUUAUGAAAGAUAUGGACAAAAUGCCGAGAGGAGUUCAUGGAUUUUUGGUGUCAAAUUCUAUAUUUUCAGAUCAAGUGGUUGAAAUGAUUGGAAAACAAGAUAGAAUUUUUUUAACUAGUGAAAUGGAAAUUCCAAAAUUGAUCAAAGAAGUUGAGAAAACUAAUCAUGAAACUUUGAGAACAGAUUCUUAA